AUGUACAAGAAACUAAGCCCGUGCGCCCAGUCGUCGGGUGAGGAGUACCGCGGGCGCACCGAGACAGACAAGGCGGGAGACUAUACUGAACCUACAAUGCUUAGCUUUUCAUUUCUCUCUCUUCUUCAGAAAAGUUCACUGUUAAGGUAUCGAUAAAACCAGGAGGAACGGAUGAAGAGUUUGUAAGCUCUGAUAUGUCAGGAGGCUCGGAAGGAUCUGUUGUGGCAGAGUACGAGAUUGAUGUUUAUAAGAAAGGAGCCAAAGCAAACCAAUUAAAUGGCGAAAAGAACCCGCCUGCAAAAGCAGGCGUAGUGAUUUUCGGAGCACUACUUAUGGGAAUGGUAAUUUUAGCCUUUAUAUUAAAGGUAAGCAAUGUAUACCAAACACACAAAAAACAAACAAACAAACAAACAAAGAGUUGAUAAACGGCAUGCGAGCGAAUUUUUAGAAACAGAAUGGACCACUUCCGCUUUUCUCAACGGAAAUGUGAAAGUGGAGAAAUUUAAAUCGGUUAACAUUUUUUCCUCAUCUGGUGCACUGAAGUGUUUUAACGGUGUUAAAAACGUCAGUUGACUAGCUCCAAGACAAUGUGGACGACGUUGUGGGGUGUUUAGAGAAAUCGGUUUGUUUGUUUGCUUGUUUGUUUGUUUUUUUUUCGUAUAACGUUUGGUCAACACUAUUUAACAUUCUAUAACUCUUAAUAUAGAUUCUUCACCAGACCUGGGUGCGCAAACGAAAUUCCCCUGAGGAACGCUUUGAGGCUUACUUCAGGAAAAAAUCGAGGAAAAUAAAGUCUGUUUCUUUGGCUUCUCAAGAACAGAACAACAUCGCAAGUGCUAUGGUACUCAUAUUUAACACCGAAUAUGACAGUAAACUGUGA